AUGAGCAGCAGCAGCGGCCACCUCUACCGCUGCAGCUACCGCCGCUGCCGACUGCAGCCGCCUCUGCUGCCGACCGCCGCUGCCGUUGCCGCCGCCGCUGCCGCUCCCGAAGCCGCAGCCGCCGCCGCUGCAGCCGAGACAGCAGCCGCCGCAGCCGCCACAGCCGAUGUCGCCGCCGCCGCCGCCACUGUUGCGGACGCGCCUCGGCCCUGUCCCUGCAGGCGCGCCUCGGCCCUGCCUCACCACCUGCGGGCCUCUACCUACCCGCCCUGGACAGAUGGUCUCUCCCUGUUCGAUCUCACGUCUGGCGCCUCUCCUGCCCCUCCUGCCGAUGCUGACAGCACUGUUUGCUCACAGUGGGCCACACGUGAUGCUGCUGCCCGUCUUGCUGUUCGUAGUCACUUGCCGUCCUCUGAGCGUGCGCACUUUGGUCAGUAUAAGAGCGCUAAGACCCUGUACGACGCUGUAGUUGCACGCUACUCUUCCCCUGCCACUUCUGCUCUUAGUCGCCUCACGCUGCCGUACCUGUUCCCUGACCUCGCCGCCUUUUCCACAGUCGCUGACCUAGUUACGCACCUUCGCACUAGUGACACUCGCUACCGCACUGCGCUCCCUGCUGAGUUCUGCGCCAAGAACCCCCCCCCCAUGUACAUCACCCUCUACUACAUAGUCACCCGGCACCCUGACUCCCUUCGCUCGGUCAGGGACCACUUCCUCUCUGUUUGCCCCACCACACUCACCGUUGACCUCCUCGAGGAGCGCCUCAUGGCAGCUGAGAAGAGCAUAGUCGCUGUAGGAGCCUCUCGUGGUGACCCUCGUACUCCCUUCUUUGAGGGGUGCUCCCCCUCCCCCCUCCUGUCCUCUGUUGCCUCUGCUGCUGCUGCCGACCUCGUUGGCCUCGAGUCGGUCGGAGCUGCGUCUGCCCCUUGUGGGAGACGCCGCACCGGCAAGGGCAAGGGGGGCAAGGGUGCUGGAGGAGCUCGCGGGGGCGGUGGAGGUGGCGGUGGAGGCGGUGGAGGGGGUGGGGGUGGUGGUGGGAGUGGUGGCGGGGGUGGGGGCGUCGGUGGCAACAGUAGAGGCGGAGGAGGCGGCGGCGGUGGUGGUGGGAGCGGAGGAGGCGGAGGUAGCGGCGGCGGUGGAGGUGGCGGCGGCAGCGGUGGGACUGGUCAGGGCGGCUCUGCGCAGAGGGGCGGCUCCGGUGGUGGUCACCGCCAGCAGCAGCAGCGCACUCGUGAGACCCCGCCCCCCCAGCAGCUUCGUGAGUGGUACGCUUCGCGUCAGCGGGGUGGGGGUGCUGGUCCCUGUACCUACGUCCUGCGUACCGCAACCGUACGGGUGAGCAGUGCGGGGGCCCGCACCCCACCCAGCGCUGCUUCAGCCGCCUGA